GAAGAGCGCGUGGCUGGCAGGGAAGAGCCUGCUGCAGUCUACGCAGGUGCUGGCUCAUUUUGACGAGACGGCACCGAUCGUGCUGUCUUGUGAUGCCUCUCCCUACGGGGUUGGGUGUGUCUUGAGCGUGGUUGACAAGCGCCUGGGAGAGAGGCCGGUAGCCUUCUACUCGAAAUCGCUCACAGACACGCAGAAACGAUAUUCACAGACGGACCGGGAAGGAUUGGCGGUGAUUCUGGGGGUCCGCCGCUUUCAUCAUUGGUUGGCAGGUCGGAAAUUUGUUAUCCGGACCGAUCAUAAGCCCCUCCUGGGCAUGCUGGGGGAGAAUAAGCCGCUGUCCAUGAUGGCUUCACCGCGAGUGACUCGAUGGGCAAUGUUGUUGUCGGGCUAUCAGUACAAGCUAGAGUAUGUACCAGGAUCGAGACAGGGACAUUGCGAUGGUCUCAGCCGUUUGCCUCUUCCGACAGCUGCUGGAGACUUGCCAGAGCCCGGCGAGACUCUGCACCUGGUGGAGAUGAUGGACGCUUCGCCAGUGACCGCCGCUGUGGUUCGACUGGCGACUGAACGUGACGCCACCCUCAGCAGAGUGCUGCAGUACACCCGAGACGGCUGGCCUGAGGACAAGAGCGGCGAGUCACCGGAGUUAAGUGCAUAUCGCAUGAAGCAAGGUGUCGGGACUGGCCGGCGUCGGCAGGACAACACGCUGGCUACCCGGACACUGCAUCAACAUCUCGGGACUCAAGCUCACGGUCCGGCUGGACGACGGACGAAUCCUCCAGCGCCAUCUGGACCAGGUGGUCCCGAGAGCGGUCGCCGGGAGCCAGGCCGUCCGACAGCCGACGGACUGGACGGCGGCGCCGCGGCCUCCUCAAACGCCGCCGACGUCGCUGCCGACAACUCCAACGUCGCAGGCGACGCCUUCGCCGCCGACGCCCUCACCGCCGACGCCUUCACCGCCGACUCCCACGCCGCUUCCGCCACCGCUAGCGGAAUGUCCGGAACGGGAGAGGCCUUCGUUUCCCUCCCCAGUGGGGCGGCCGGCUCGUGGGUUGGAGGGACGGGGUGAGCUCAACUCGCGAUUGAAGUGUGACGUCCAAUUGUCGCGUGGCGAGAGUGUUGAGUGUCGCGAGCCUGUGUCAGCGCCGCAGGUACCGCGCUAUAACCUGAUACCGAGAAAAUAGUUGUUAACUAGGGGGGAGGAAUGUGGUAGAUUGUCACACAGCCUCUGGGCUGGCGUGCCUGGGUGCGCCACUGGCCGCCCUAUCCGUCGUCCCUGAGAGCGGGCUUGCGCUCGCUCGACCUAUAGCCCGGGGCGCCCAGCUGUGCGGUGUGGGUUGAGUCGGGUCAGCUGAUC